UCAUUGCAUAGUAUAAAAUGUAUACUAAGUAUUUUGUCUUUGUGAAAUUUUCUUUCAUUAACAAUUUAUACUCCAGUCGAGUGAAAUGUUGCCCAAAACGACGCCCAGAAUGUCCGAAUUUUGUGAGAAAGUUCCAGGAGUUGCCAUCUCCGGCUUUAUCAGGGGGAGAAAUUGCGCAGCGGUAAAAUUUUAUAACAGUUGGAAGGUUAACCGAUUCUAUUAUUCAGAUGAUGUAUCACGAGGUAGCGGCGCCGGUGGAAUUAUCGCCGCGAAAACCGAUAUGGAACGCGAAAUCGAAACCUGGCAGCUGUUCAUCGAAUUAUCACGGCAGCAGUGCAUUUUAUUACCACCGGAAUUAAAGCGGAUCGUCCAACUGGAUCCGUUCAUUACCCUAGUCUUACGCGUUUGAUGGAUGAGAAAGAUAUCGGAGGCGGCAAGUUCACCAAUCGCCAAAUUACUACAUUCAUCAAAUACUGAUUACGAUUUACGGGCCGAUUGCCUUGGUCUAAGUCUACAAUUGCCUACACCACUUCGUCAAUUGCUGCAACCCAAAGUCCUGAAGGAACACAGCUCAGCA